ACACAGCAAGCUGAAGAAAGAAAGGAAAAACUCCAUUAAAAACCUCCAGCUUUCCUCCAUGUUAGAAAUGAAAUGGAAAAUGGAGUGGAUUUAGCAGGAAUCCUUGAUUCCUCUGGCCAAGCUGGAGAAGGGGAGAAGAGAAUCAACACCUCAGACUGCUGAUAUUUUUAAAGUUGCAAUAAAUAUCAAGGUCUCUGUGACAGGAUGAGUAUUUCCUGACUCAAGCUCAUAAGAAAGGGCAAUCCUUUUUUUAAAAUCGAUGUAUAAUUUAUUUACCUCAAUGCUUCUCUUUACUGAUAUGGUCAUUGUUAGAGGUGGCUGGAACAGCCUGGAAACAUUAGCAUGAUUUCCUGAGGUUGAGAGCCUCCCAAACUCAGGAAGAGUCAAUACAAUCGCACUUCAUUUUUCCUUCAUGUGCACUUGGAAGUCCUGGGACCAGCAGCAGCACCAGCAAGAAUGAACUGUAAGGAGGAAGAUGACAACAGCACCGACUGCAGCAGCAAUAACGUGAAGAAGAUGUUGAAGUGUGUGGUGGUUGGGGAUGGUGCAGUUGGGAAAACCUGUCUGCUGAUGAGUUAUGCCAAUGACGCCUUCCCGGAGGAGUAUGUGCCCACCGUAUUUGACCACUAUGCAGUGACUGUGACUGUCGGAGGCAAGCAGCACUUGCUGGGGCUAUACGAUACUGCAGGGCAGGAGGACUACAAUCAGCUGAGACCCCUCUCCUAUCCCAACACGGAUGUGUUCUUGAUCUGUUUUUCUGUGGUGAACCCUGCCUCUUACCACAAUGUCCAGGAAGAGUGGGUGCCUGAACUGAAAGUCAGCAUGCCACAUGUGCCUUAUGUGCUCAUAGGAACACAGAUUGAUCUUCGCGAUGAUCCCAAAACUUUGGCUCGACUACUUUAUAUGAAGGAGAAACCCCUCACUUACGAACAUGGAGUGAAGCUGGCUAAAGAGAUUGGAGCGCAGUGUUAUUUGGAAUGUUCAGCCCUGACACAGAAAGGCCUUAAAACAGUCUUCGAUGAAGCAAUCCUCACCAUUUUUCACCCUAAGAAAAAGAAGAAACGCUGCGUGACGUGCCACAGCUGCUGUACAGUUGUAUGAAGUCACUUGAAAAGCAAAGCAGGACAGUGCUAUUGUUCAACUAAACCCCCCAGGUUAGAAUGGCAAUGAGCGUCACACACAAACUGAAAUGGGGAACAUGACCAGAAAGGAGUCUGAUUAAACCAUAUAGGAUUCCUCAAUUCUGUGAAACCUCAGGCUGUAACAUGUUAGCCAGCUAAUGUCUAUUUGCUUUCCCAACCCUAUAGAGCUGUUUGCAGCCUGUUCCCACACUAUGCUCGUAUGCACUGAGCCAGUAUAAAACAGGAUGUCUGCUAAUGGCGGACUCUGAAUCAGGUUAGGGUUAGGGUUAGGGUGUUAUGUUGAAAACUUUAAAGACACUGUAAAACCACCAAGAAAAACUUCAUUUGUGGCCUUAAGCAGGAAUUGAUCAAAAGUAUAAAUUUAAAAUACUUAAGAAUUGAAUAUGAAUGGAUCAAAAGCACAGAGAAAUCAUUAGGAGUUUAAUAUGUAAUCAAAUACGUUAUCUAUAGGAUAAUCCUUUCAAAUUACUUUUCUUUAUAACAUACUCACUAAUUUCAGGAUCUACUUAGGUUGUUUAAAAUGACAUGAAAGCAAAGCAGUAGUGACUCCAAUUCCCAGCCAUUUAACUCGCGUUACAGCAUCAAGCCAUCAAAAUGGAUCAGUAUUUACCUCCAGAUUGAAGGAAUGUUCUUUUUACUACAAGAAAUGACAAAUAUCUUUAUUUUAUACAGACUGUGUCCAGGCUGGGCCAGGAGGUUUUCAGAAGCUGGGUGAGGGAGAACAGUGAAAGUGGAAAACUGUAGCAUUAAUUUGCAGAAACAAAGUGAUCAGAUCACCAAAAAAUCUUGUGACUGACAUGAAAAAAGCAGGGAGGUGUUGCAUUGCCAUGAGUAUUAUACAUUUAGUCUACAGAUUGGGUGCAUUUCCACAUCUCACCCAGCAGAUGAAAACAAAAACAAACUAGCCAAAGUCACAUUGAUUUGAAAUGCUUUAUAAUGAUCCAGUUGCAUUAUUUGAAAUAGUUUUUUAGAAAUGAUCUUGUAUAAAGGUAUUCAUUUGAGCGGACUUUUAAACGUCUAUUUACUGAAGUCCUCUAUUUGCUAUUCAUUGCUUUGUCUGUGUCUUCCAUGUUCAUUAUUGCAAAUAGCAGUUAAGGUAUAGUGUGGGUAGACUACUCAGGAACUUUCUUUCAGACAAUAUGCAGGAUGAUGUGCUGCAGCAUGCAAUACGGAGACAGGAAGCCUGAACCUCAAGGGAAUGAAAGCUGACAAUAAGCACUCUUUGCUGUUGAAUAAAGUGUGCCUUUUUGCUAAGGCUUCUCCAGGGAGCCUGUUGUUUUGCACAUCACAGCAAGAUGCUGUUAUACCACAGACACUCGGUGGUGAACUGUGAGGGUGUCUUAUUACUUACAUCUGCCUACAAGUGCCUUGGAGAUGCCCACGUAUCUGUCUUGUUAUGGAUUUCAUUUCUGAUUGUACCUCUCCAAGGAAUACAAUUACAAUGCCAGCAAAUCCAUGUUUCUAGACCUAUAAAGUAACUCCCUGAAAAAAGCAACUGCCAGAGUCAGUGUUUCCAGACCUAGUAUGGAAUUGCACCCUCUCCCACCAGCAAAGUACUAGCACAGUAUUAAUUUACCCACUGGUUUUUUGGAACAGCCAGCAUUCUCCUCUUUGGAUGCACUGUACAGUGCUUGUGUCUAUAGAGGGGCAGCUAGAAAACCUCUGCCAUUAACGGGAGAUUAGGGAACCAAUCCUACAGUCCUUACUCAGGCAAAACUCCCAUUGACUUCAGUGGGAUUUUGAGUAAGGACUGUAGCAUUCGACCCAAAGUAAGCAACACCAUAGAUAUAAGGUUCAAUCCCAUUCAUUGCAAAUCAAAGACAAAACUCCCACUGACUUCAGUGAUGAUGACAGUAUCCUUUACUACACAGAUAUUUAUAGAAGGUUUUCCGAUACAAGAUCGUUGUCAUUGCAUUGUAAAAGUCUUGCUCUGAAUUCCAGCUGCAUGGCACCCAUUAAAAUCAAUGAAAAGUGCAUGGCCAGAACGUACUGGCUGUAACUUAAGGGUAAAUGAAGCAAUUUCUGUUUUAGUAAAUGGAACUCGCUUAGAAUUCAAGGGCCCACGAUCCUACGGACACUAGUUUAUGCUCUGCCAUUGACUCUAAUGGGAGCAGGAUCAGAAGCCAAAACAUUUAUAUCAGUACAGGUCACCCAUUAUCUCUAAGACACAAGGGAUGGUUAGCCAUGGUAAUUGGUAAAUACGUGUCUUUUGCUAUAUUAUUGCUAAGGAUAUGAUUCUGUCAUGGAGGUCACGGAUACCAUGACUUUCCAGGACCUCCGGGACUUCUUCCAGGGCAGGGCUGGAGCAGCAGUCAGCCCCAGGGCUGCCAAAGCAGCAGCCCUAGGGCUGAAGCAACAGCCAGGGUCGGGUGAGUCCCACUGGGGCUGAAGCUGCAGCUGUCAGCCCCUGCCGCAGGAGCAGCAGCAGGGCCAGAGCAGAGGCCUGAGGUCAGCCCCCAGCAGAACUGAUUGUUGUCUCCCAUCCCGCCCCUGCAAGGUAUUUUUUGUAAAAGUCAGGAACAGAUCAUGGGCUUCCGUGAAUUUUUGUUUAUUGCUCAUGGCCUCUCCCUGAUUUUUAGUAAAAAUAUCCAUGACAGAAUCUUAACUUUAAUUAUUGCACAAUGGAAUUGUGAUAAACAUUGUGUCACUGUCCAUGGACAUGACUGAAAAUCAAGUUGCAGUAAGUCAGAGAUGCUAAAAAAAUCUGGUGUGUGCCUUACACCUGGGGUAUAUAUCAUAGAACCAUAGAAUAUCAGGGUGGGAAGGGACCCAAGGUCGUCAUCUAGUCCAACCCCCUGCUCAAAGCAGGACCAAUUCCCAACUAAAUCAUCCCAGCCAGGGCUUUGUCAAGCUUGACCUUAAAAACCUCAAAUGAAGGAGAUUCCACCACCUCCCUAGGUAACGCAUUCCAGUGCUACACUACCCUCCUAGUGAAAAAGUUUUUCCUAAUAUCCAACCUAAACCUCUCCCACUGUAACUUGAGACCAUUACUCCUCAUUCUGUCAUCUGCUACCACUGAGAACAGUCUAGAUCCAUCCUCUUUGGAACCCCCUUUCAGGUAGUUGAAAGCAGCUAUCAAAUCCCCCCUCAUUCUUUGCUUCUGCAGACUAAACAGUCCCAGUUCCCUCAGCCUCUCCUCAUAAGUCAUGUGUUCCAGUCCCCUAAUCAUUUUUGUUGUCCUCCACUGGACACUUUCCAAUUUUUCCACAUCCUUCUUGUAGUAUGGGGCCCAAAACUGGACACAGUACUCCAGAUGAGGCCUCACCAAUGUCAAAUAGAGGGGAACGAUCACAUCCCUCCUUCUGCUAGCAAUGCCCCUACUUAUACAGCCCAAAAUGUCAUUAGCCUUCUUGGUAACAAGGGCACACUGUUGACUCAUAUCCAGCUUCUCGUCUACUGUAACCCCUAGGUCCUUUUCUGUAGAACUGCUGCCUAGCCAUUCGGUCCCUAGUCUGUAGCAGUGCAUGGGAUUCUUUCGUCAUAAGUGCAGGACUUUGCACUUGUCCUUGUUGAACCUCAUCAGAUUUCUUUUGCCCCGAUCCUCUAAUUUGUCUAGUAUCCCUGGUGAACAUGCUGGAUCCUGUUUCAUCCUGUCAAAGGGGUUGUCUUAGAAUAUGUUGACAGAAAGUUUGGGAAACCGAGCUCAGACCAGAAAGCGAGCCCAGAGACGAUGCCAUUUUCUUCCGUACAAAAGGAGCUGUGGUUUGCGUCUCGGUUAGGUGAAUGUGUUCAUUUCCUAGUGCAGCUGGGCGGCAGGUAGCAUGUCUGGCAGUGCGUUCACUGGACUUCCACGUAUCACACGUAUCAGAGGUGCAGCAGGAAAGCGAGGAGCAGACUGGAUAUAGAAAUGUUUGGGGAAUAUUUUAUUGACUUAGGGCCUGACCCAAAUGCCCAUGAAAUGAACAAAAGCCCCCUGAUUUCAAGGUACAAUUUCAAUGGAAGAUGGCAUGCUUAUUCCGUUCCCCAGGAAUUGAGUCGAUAUAGAGUAUACACAUACUUAUGAGUCUCUGGGUAAGGGAAAAAUGGGGGCCAAGUCUCUUUCACCUGAACUGCAAUACAUGCCCUAAGGUUGGAUCUGCCAGAUAAUGUUACAGCUUCUCUAAAUUGAAGAGACACUAAAACUCUAGAUUGACAACUGAGUUUAUCAUAAAAUAAUGAGUACAUUGGAAGAGUGCAAUAUAUCAUUCCCAUUAUGCCUCCGAGGAAGCCACAAAUAAUUGAAUGAUGGGCUUUGGGUGCUGUUUAAUAUCAAUGGUGCUUGUUAAUAAUGAUGGUAUGACAUAUGAUAGGCAUGUUAAAUCAGAAAUUAAAUUACCAAUUAUAUCAUCAAUAUAACUGCAGUAAUUUUGGGAAACUAAAUACAGUGAUAACAGAUGCUAAAAUGCUUAUAUCCUCGUAUAUUAAAAACUACAGACCUCUGUACAAAUCAUUGCAUAGUAGAGAAAGCAGAUGGAGGAAUAUUAUUAUUCAUGAAAAAAUAUUUUAAUUAAUGCAAGGCAAGACUUUUUUUUUGCACUUAUAAAGUGAAGUAAAUCUAUUUUGCAAGGUGAUAAAACUGUGAAUUAAAGAGAUGCUUUCAAGCUGCUUAUGACCAAAAUUUUACCUAUCCUCAAAGGGUAACAAUCCACUUAGAAAUGGCCUCUGGAUUCUAUGUAUUUUUUAAUUCCCUGCCAUCAAAAAUAAAUGUUUAAAUAUAGCCAGAGUUUAUGUAGGCCCUAUAAGGCCAAAUUUUCAAAAGGCCUCUUUAAUUGCUCCCCUCUCCCCACUGACUAUAUUUGUGAGUGUACAUAUUUCUAUGCCCACUAACUUCCAAGCUGUAAAACUCACUAUGUAUUUUUGAGGGAAGGAGCUCAACUUGCAUGGGUAAAUGUGAGUUGUAGAGGCACAAGCUGAUGCCCUUUCUAAAUAUUGUGGGCAGAGUUAAGAAUGACCUUUGAAAAUUGGCCUAUAGUACCUUGUGCUUUUCUGCUACGGAGCCAGCAGAUGGACUAUGAAUGGAUGAGCAAAGACUAUUCCCAGAGUUGUUGUGACAACACUGAUGGUUCUAAAGCAGAAACAUGGAAAUGAAUAGAAACAUCAGCUUAUUUUUCAAGCACCAUUAGAAACAACAGAAACAAUAAACAUUUGCCCUACUGAAAAGCUGUAGACCAGCAACCUGAUGUUAUGGUGCCAAGCACCUGCAGUGCCCACUGGAAAUCAGGCCCUGAAUUCAUAAUGUUAUUUUAAAGCUUAUUAGAGUAAGUAAAAAGUAAAAACUACUCCAAGAAAUUAUUUGACAAUGAUCAUAGUUUAUCUCAAUUGAUGUCAAAGCCGUUUCUGAUAGACCUACUUUUGUUAAUAGCCUAUUAUCUUUUCAAAUGCUUUCAGAUCUUAAAAGGAAUGUGCUAAAUCCUAGCCUGGGCUUUUUUUUUAAACCUACAUAUUCUUUCAAGAGUUGGUUUUAAUUAAUAACUAAAAUGUAAAUAGGGUCCCAGCAAAAAUUUUCGUGGUGAGCUCUUUGACGAUGCAUGCCAAUAAAUGGAUGCUUUGUUGUCACACUGGGUCUGAUCAAACAAUCCUAAUGCUUACAGGACUUUCAGAGACUUCAACCUCAGUUAUGUAUACAUAUGUAAUGCAGGAUAGGGCACUUAGUAAUUAAACAAAAUAUAUUCCGGCAGAUAGAAGGGCUUGUCCGUCUUGCAUGAGAAAUUUCUUUAGGGGUGAGAAAUUUCUUCGGCCUAAUAAAAUUCAAGAGCUUUUCUAGUUAAUUUGGAAGAAGGCUUUUGUCUUAAUUAUGAUUUUUACUGGAGCAAUUCUGAACCGAGCUGCCACCAGUGACAAACUUUGUUAAGCUCAGCACUCUUAACAUAUAACCAUUCUUAAGUCCAUAAAACUGAAUGCAAAUCCUGGGGCACAUGGCCUGGACUGGAAAACUGAAGCUGAGAGUUUCAGAACUGUCUGAAUUGGGCAUUCAGCUCCCUUAGUCAACUUUGGAUCUCGCAGCCUAAAGGUGCCAAGGGGGUAUCUAAUGAGGAACUACAAGAAAAAUGUUUGCACAUGUAUAUUUAAAGGCCUGAUCCAAAAGCCACUGAUGCUAAUAGGCUCCUUUCAGUUGACUUCAAUGGGCUUCCAAUCAGGCCCUAAAUUCAACAACAUAUACAAUAUGUUUAGUGAUAUUUCUGUGAUCUAUUUUAACAAGAUUGCCCAUGUUGCCUGUUCUCCUGUCAGGUCACAUAGGAGAGGAUGCUACUGAAUUAGUGUGGGUCAGAUUGUGGCUGGAUCUGCACGCUGGUGCAAUGGAGUAAGGGGGGGUGUAAGAAGCACCCUUAUUCUUUUGUGCCAUACCACCCCUUGUAGCACAUGGGCAUUAGCAGGUUCCACAGAGCCACUAUGUCUCUCUCCCUUUUGCCCUGUAGGUCCUAGCCCUAGUGAGUGUGCACACCUCUCAUUGAUCUGCCUUUUAAAUAUCUACCGCCACAGCUACCACGCAACUUGUAAAGAUCAAGCUGUUACAUCAGAUCAAGAAACAAAAUGUUUUUCUCAAGAAGGGCCCAAUCCGGUGCUCAGUGAAGUCAAUGGGAGUCUUUCCAUUGACUUCAGUGGGUUUUGGAUUCGACCCUGAAAGCCUGCAUUGUUAAUAAUCUGGGAAUUAGAUGCUAAAGAUUAACAUAGCUAAGAAAGGAAGUCCUAGGGCCCACGCCUCCUCCCACUGGUGUCAGUGGCCAAACUCCCACUGAAUUCAACAAGAGCAGGAUCAGGUGCCUGAAAGACAUGCCGCAACACCAAAGAAGUUUGCUUGAUCAGUGUCUCUCAUCAAAAUGUCUCUGUCUUUCUUUUUUAAGUGUCAUUUAAUUUCAUUAAGUAACAAAACUAUCAGUAUGACAUGUGACUCUGGGUCUUGCUACUUUAUAUUGCAUUCUAAUCAGCACUAAGCCUAGGCAAGGCUCAGAUUUAUUCCUACAUUCCAUUCCUAAGGAGCCAGAUUUUACACCUUUACUCACACUGAGUAGUGCCUCACUUUUCAAGGAGACUCAUGCCCUGCUUGUGUAGUAAGGUACUGCUCCAUGUUAGUGAGGGUGGCAGGAUCUGGCCCUUAGCUGACUGUCCUCAUGUAGCAUAGACCAUUUAAUUAAACCCCUUCUAGCUUAUCAGUGAAUCACCUUUGGCCAUAUACUCUGACGGCUUGUGUGACAAAAAAAUAUCAACUGCCAAUAAGCCCUCCCCGCAAAUCCUAUCCAGAAGCCCUCUUGGCACUGUGCUCAAUCAAUCUACAGCACCCAAAAUGGUCCCACAAAACAUCCGCAAACUCCAGGAAAGAGGGGUGGGCUAAAGAAAUGUGGAGGAGAGGCAGGACAAAGCCAAAUCCUUUGCAUGCUACCCAGAAAAACCAAAGCAAAUUACUCCAGAAAUGUACAUCUUCACGUUGCUCUGAGCAGCUUUCAUUUGCCCUAAGCAAAAUUCCACAUAGUAGCAUGGAACCAGACCUAUACAGUGGAUGUUUCAGUAUUCAGGUACUUAUCUGCUCAUCUGUGGGGUACGUCUGUACUUCAUCUCACAUGGCUAGCAGUGUCAUUUGGUUUUGGCCGAGAUUUUCAAAAUGACUCCUACGUGUGGAUGCCUCAAACUCUGGGUACCUUAAAGGGCCCAAUGCUCAGAAAGUGCUGAACACCCAGCCCAGAAAAUCAGGCUCCUCCCAGGUCUCUCAAGUUGGACCCCCAGAAACUGAAACACCCAUAGUCACUAGCCACUGUUGAAAUUCUUGGCCCUUGUCUACACUGGAGUUUUCAACCAUUGGUGGCAGCCAGCAGUGUAGUUGUUUCAAUGCACACCCCUAAUGUAGGCUAUAACCACCAUAUGCACUGGAGCAGCUUAAGACCUGCUUGAAACCAGGUUCAGUUACACUAGUGCAAAUUGGGGUGUCUAGUAGUUCACUUUUACAGGACUGGCUGUUGCUCAUGUAGCUGCACUGGUAUUAACACUAAUGGCAGUAGCUGGGGCAAAUCGUCAGUGUGGACAAGUUCUUAGAAAAGUGUGCUGCCAUUUCCAUAAUCCACAUGCCCUCGUUGCAGGAAAAGCUCUUCAUUGGCUCUCUAUAGUCAUGCUGGCUGGUGCUGCUGCCUGCAAACUCUCUCCUAGUUGGGGGGGAUGAUACCAAGUAAUUAACAUGGCUCAGCUUUGUAUAAUACUGGUGUAGCUCUUAGCCUUUUUACUACAAAGAGGGAACAGAUGGCUCCUUGUUCAUAGUAUUAGAACUUACCAGCUCAAAACAAAAAUGAAUUGUUGCUGAUGCUUUUCACGGUAAACCAGGUUGGUUUGCAAGAACAUUUGCACUGCAGCAUGAAAUCAAUGCAGCAUGCACUCUCAGCAACACAGGUGUUAUUUGUUACAUAAAACAGUAGAUUACAUGUGCCUAGCUGCACAUGCUUUAUCCUUUAUAAAAUUUUGCCCUGGCCCAGGGGAUUUCUGUCAUGUUUCAUCUGCUUCCUACAGCUGUAAAUGACUGAACUCUUUCUAGUUUCAUAGCAUUAGCUGGAGUGGAGCAGCAUCUCUUCUACCAGGAAAUGAGCUCAAAACAAUUUAGAUCAAAGACAGUUUCUGGAUAUAUUUGUACUGUGUAAAAAUGAAGAAAAAAAUCUGCAACAAAAGCAAAUGUUUUUCUAGAGAGAAUGAGGAUCCACUGCCUUCAGUGGAAAACUUCCAUUGAUUUCAGUGUUGAUGGUUUGCAACCUCCAUUCUUAUCACAGAAAAUAAUGAAAUAAAAUAUGCAUGGAAAUUUUUAUGCAUGGUCAAAAUGAAUAGAAAAGUCAGUUAGGUAACGAAUGCAGUGAAAGUAUGAUAUAUUUUAAGCAAAGAUAUCAUUAUAAUUUUCUGGAGCAGAAUUGUAAAGUCACAUUGCAAAGACAACAAUCAGUAAAUUUGGGCCCCCAAAAUUAAGUUUAUCUUUUUUAAAGGUUAGGGAGAAUACAACGUCUGCUAUUGAUAGAAAUGCUUUCAAUAUUUGUUUUUAAUGUCAGUGAAAACUUUCUGAAUCAUGGUGCAAAGGUAAACUUUCCAGGCUACUACUGGGAUCCCAAACACAUGAAACUUACUAGAAACAGAAAAAGAAUUAACAAAUCUAAUCAAAAUCUAGUUUUUAUAUUCCAAGCCAUGCAAACAUUAUAUAAGUGGGCAUAAAUCAGGACAAGUCCACUUGAACUUCGACGUUCUGUUUUAAUAUUAUAAAAUGUUGCUAGUAAUUACUGCCCCUUGAAAGAAUCACUUUGCCCAACAGUCUGUGUAUGGUAGGAGGGGUCUGUAUAGCAAUCUCCAUCUGAAUCCUCUAACUAAAGAGUCCAGCGUGGGAUUUUCAAAAGUGCUUCUUAUUGGUAAGUCUACGUUUUAGUCACGGGUAUUUUUAGUAAAAGUCAUGGACAGGUCAGUAACCGUGACCUGUCCAUGACUUUUACUAUAUACCCCUAACUAAAACUUGGGACGUGGGUGCUCGGGGGGGCGGUCUGGGUGUGCCACGGGUGCUGGGGGGGGUGACUCGGGACCCUGCUGGUGCUGGAGGGUGGCCCAGGACCCCCACUGGUGUUGGGGGGUGGGUUUGGCAGGGCUCGCAGGCUCCCUACCCGGCUUAGAGUGUGCCUGCAGCUCCUAGGGCAAGGGAAAGCCUUGGGGGGCUCCGUGCGCUGCUCCCACCAAAAGCACCACCUGCGCAGCUCCCAUUGGCUUGGAACCACAGCCAAUGGGAGCUGUGGAGACGGGGCCUGUGGGGCCCAGCUCGGACAGCCCCUGACCCAGCACCAGCUGCUGCAGAAGUCACGGAGGUCACAGAAAGUCACGGAAUCGAUGAUUUCUGUGACCUCCGUGACAGACACGCAGCCUUACUUACUGGCCUAACUCUGCUCCUAGUGACCUCAAAGGAAAACUUCAAUAGAAGCUGAAUUAAGCCAAUGCUGAGUGCAUUUGAAAACAUCUCUUCAAAUUUCCCCUAUUUUCUGUUUUCUUUAUUAAGGCUGUCAAAUCUUUGAGCAGAUAGACAGAUUGAGCCAAUUUCAUCCUCAGUUUUAGUCACACUAGGGCUGAAUUUGAGCCAAGGAUACUCCAGUGACCUUGUAAUGAGGUAUUUUUAUACAGCUGACCAUAUAACAUUUAGAGACACUCUGCAGAAGAUUAUUUACUGUAUAGAUGUACCCUGAUUUCCCCCAUCAUAGCUGCAACUAUUUUAAGUUAGUCAGUUUUGCUUAUGUACCCAGCAAGCUGUUCUUGACCUACGUGCAUGUCCAGAAUUGAAAAGCAGUUUCUUAAGUAGAUGUGCAUCUUUACUAGAGUUGCUUUUAAAAUGACAAUUAUUUUUCAUUUUUAAAUAAAAAUCUUGCAAACAAUUUUCAGUUUUCUAAAACCAUUUUGGUUUAAAAAAAUCAGUUUUUGGUAAAAGAUUUUGGUUUUUAUAAACCAAAUACUGAUUUUUUUAAAAUCCAAAAAUAGAAAUUAUUUUAAGGAAAACCUUUUGGUUUCUGGUUUUUCAUCAGAACCCAGAAAAUUUUGACCAAAAGGAAAAUUGUACAAAAAGAUCCAGUCAAAAAGCCAAAUAAUUGUUUUUCAGAAAAAAAAAAAAAUCAGUGAAAAUUUUUUGACUAGUUGUAAUCUUGACCCCUGCCCUCUGGGCAGCGAGGACAACUCUUUUGUUUUGUUUUUAAAACAAGACUUACUUUCUUACUUACUGCAUGUAGUUUCCUCUGCUAUUCUCAAUGCUGCAUGAACAGAAGAGUGGAAGGAAACUGAGCGCCAGCCUUUGCCUUAGCAGUCAGCUAAGACCCAAGGCAACAGUUCUUGCCCAAUGAAAGAUCUCACUGAAAUUUGAUGGGCUGUUGGUUUGGUUGUUUUAUCUGGGUUAUAUCUGCAGGACUGGACCCAUAGAGUCUUUACUAUUGAAAUUGUCAGGCAUGUGAAGCAUGAUUAUCCAUAACUUAAUGUAACCCACUGUUCAGUGGGUGUUACAUGUCACCCUCUGCACCUGGUCUCCAAAGGAUUACCUAAGAGUAUGUCUACACUGCAAUUAGACACCUGUAGCUGGCCCAUGCCAGCUGACUCGUGAUUGGGCAAAGGGGCUGCUUAAUUGCAGUGUAGACUUCCUGCCUCGAGCUGGUGCCUGGGCUCUAGGACCCUGUGAGGUGGGAGGGUCCCAGAGCUCCCACUGCAGCCCAAGCCCAGAAGUCUACCCUUCAGUUAAACAGACCCUCAGCCUGAGCCCUGUGAGCCCGAGUCAGCUGGCAUGAGCCAGCUGUGGGGUCUAAUUGCAGUGCAGACAUGCCCCACUGGACUUAGACCCAGAUCCCUAAAGGCAUUUAGGCACCUACUGCUGGUGAUUUCAAUGGGAGUUAGACUCCUUCUUUUCAGGAUCUGGGCCUUAGUUCUUUAGUUCAAGCAGUUGAGGCUAUACUUGAGCUUUGGGAUCUAAUCCCUGAUGAGGACCACGACAAAAGUCAUCAUAGUAACAAUAUUUUUCAAGUGGCAUAUUUUUCAGAAGCUGAAACUGGACUGGCUGGCAUCACAUUUAUUUCACAUCAGCCUAUGGUGUAUUAUUAUGCAGGCUUCCACCUUUACUUUUGUACUUGGUUGGCCAGUGUGGGCUACUUGUAACCUCCUCAUUGAUUCACUUUCACUUUGAUUCAAGGUUGUUUGCAUUGUGAUUCACAGCUAUUGUCAUUGACCUGCAAUCUUCAUGUCUCAAAAUGUAACAGACAAUCUAAUGAGAAACAGGUAGAAAUACUGACCUGUAGAAAUGGUUUGUUUUUAGAGUGACUGACUAUAUUCAUAGUAGGACUGUGAUGCCGGCUCUCAGCACUAGCUCCAUAGUCCCACCAGGUUUGUCUGAAACUGGUAGUGAAGGAAACAUGAAGAAACCAUACUCAUCCGCUUACAAAGCAGAAUCCAGCAUUCCCUCUAUCUUAUUAUAAGCCAAUUUCUGAGAAGACAUCAGGUUAAGAACUGAGGUAUUUGCUUUUCUUCAUACAAGCAACUGAAUUUUUGUGUCUGGUAGCAGUUCUUCCUAAAAGCAUUCCAUGCAAAAUACAAAUGGGUUCAGGCUCUGGUUAAAACAGAGGCUUUGUGGUAGACAGUUAUAUUUGACAUGAAGGUGUCAUAUCCUUUCUGGAUGUGGACUCAGUUUCAAAAUUCAAAUUAAAGAAAUAACUUGAAACCAAGCAAAUACAUUUUUCAGCAGUUAUAUUUUGCUUAUUCAAAAGUUUAACAGUGUUCAUUUUCUAUUUAAAACCCAGAAUUCUGUAUGCUUUGGCUUACCCUCUUUUAAACAUGUAAUUAUUGUAUAUUAUAACAACUCAUUAAUAUCUUGUAUUGUACAUAGUAAUACAUUUAUUCCAUUAAAAUAAACUUAUGUCUUUUGAUGGUA